CUGCUGCAAUCCGAUGGACCGUCUGAGAAAAGACCGAAGCAGGUGGUUGUGGCACCAGCCAAUCAACAUUCGGAACGACCUCGUGUGAACACAGUGGAUCUCCGAGAACAAAUUCACCAAGAAAUGCACUCCGGAUGGCUCCAUAAUAAUUCUCAAUUGUCUGCUUCGAUGAUGGCAAGUCGACAAUCAAUACGUACAAAUGCUUCCGUAAGAACAACGACGAGAGAGUGUACUUCGAAGUGA